CCUGAGGAUGACAGUGGAAGUGAUUACAAAACAAUCAAACAGAAAAGGACAGAACUUAUCUGACAUGAUGUAUGACAGUAACACAGGAGUUUAGCUUUAGCAGGAGUGAAAUACAAUCAUUUAUGGAUGGUUUAUGGUUUCAUGAACGGCUCAGAAACUAAGUGUUGUCCACUAGAAAACGCCUACUACUCCGUAUUGUUUUUCCUUCUCCUUAUACAGUAAUCCUGCUCCUGAUCCUCCUCCACUCCUCUGCCCAAACUUUGUCCUUCCUUUUCCUGUGAACCUGCCCUUGUUCUGCGUGUUUUGUCUUCUGUCCUGUUCCAACAGCCACAAACUUCUGUGAAGGAUGUGAGGAGCUACUGCAGGAAGUGGAUUGUUGAACUGAUCGGUUGAACAGCAGGACAUGGGAGACGCCGGCCUAGAAGGAUCAGUGGGAUUACUGUAUAUUUACUGUACACACUGGGUGCAGUAGUAUGGCAGAGUCUUUGCUGCGCACUUUAAUUUCUGAGAGGUUUUAAAAAAAAUAACUUUCCAGUUUUUCUUUUUAAUUAAGUCCCAACAAGGAAAAAUGGACCCGACCGUGUGGCAGUACCAGUUCAGGAUCAUCAUGCUGGGAGACUCCACAGUAGGAAAGUCUUCUCUGUUGAAACGCUACACUGAAGACCUGUUCCCAGAAUCCCUCAGCCAGACACUGGGUGUGGACUUUUAUGUUCACUUCCUGGAGGUGGAGCCCGGGGUUCGUGUCAAGUUGCAGUUUUGGGACACAGCUGGACAGGAGAGGUUCAGGUCAGUUACCCGUUCCUACUACCGCAACUCAGUUGGUGGCAUACUGGUGUUCGACAUGACCAAUCGAGACACCUUUGACCACGUGAAAGAAUGGCAUGACGAGGUGCGCCAGCGAGUGCAGCCCCACACGGUCGUGUUCCUUCUGGUGGGCCAAAAAAGUGACAGGGAGGCGUACGGGGAGAGAGUGGUGAGCCAGGAGGAGGCGGAGAAACUGGCCAAGCAGCUAGGGAUUCCCUACUUGGAGGCCUCGGCCAAGACGGGACACAACGUGAAGACGGUCUUUGAACUUCUUGCUCAGCGAGUCUAUCAGGCUCUUCUGAGUGGAGAGGUGGAGCUCCAGGACGGCUGGGAUGGAGUUAAGUGUGCCACACUGCAGACAAUGCGUUCAAGGACACCCAGUCUGGGUCAAGAGAGCACAGCCUCCAAGAGCAAAAAAAAGUGCUGUGGUUAAACUGUGGGGUGUCUCAGUCACACAGUGGUGGAUAAUGGGUAAACCCUUUACUAGUGGGACCUGAUUAAAAAGGUUAAAGUAGCAUUGUAUAAAUCUAACAAGUUAGAUGAUCCAGUGUUCUUAAUAUUUUCAUAUUGUCUGGGGUGCUUCCAUUUAAUCCAUGUUUGGCCAUAGAAACAGGAACUAACCGUUUAUAACUGCUGUCAUAAGAUCAUCUCAGAUGUCCGUCGAUAAUCGACCAAAGAGCCUAGUUUUGGUCAAAAGUAACUUUUGUAACUUUAAGCAUUGUUUGGAAUGAGAAAACUUAAGGAGUAGAAGACCCCGACUCCAAAGUUAGUUUAAAAAAAUGCAGUGAUGUUUGAAACACAGCACUCAGUCGUACCUUCUCUGUUUUCGUGCAGUAAUAGUCAUUCUCCUGCAGCUGUUCCUCACACCUCCGCCUCCCCUGAAGUUUUCUGCUGGAUGAGUCAGUAUCAGCCCAGUGCUGUGGUUCAUCCUUAGUAAAAAAGACAAAGAUUUCUUUGAGUUAAACAGUUUUUAUGGCAUUUAUAUGGCAUUAAUUAAACUUUAAGACUAAAUG